AUGAAUAACAAAGUCAGUGUGCCCUAUGAAAUUUGUGAAAUAAAGAAAGUUGCCUUUGAGCUCCCCAAGGAAUUUCACCCGAAUGUGAAAUACGGUUUCCUCAGAAAUUUCCUUUUCGGGAAAUACACCUUCUACUACGAAAACAAAUUUCUUCUCCCCAUCUGCUUUUACGUUUUAACUAAAAGGACCAAAAUCGUGCACAGUGACUAUUUCUACUUUUACCUUUUGCUCUUAAAAAAAAAAAAGGGGGAACGAAUCAUGACAACUGGGGAUAAUCAGCUUAACACCGUGAUGCCACUGUAA